AUGCUAAUUGUGCUAUUCCUCGGAUUUUUCCCAAUAUUCGGCACCCCUCAAUCGGACAAAAUCGAUUGGUGCUUAUACUUUCAAAGUCUCAAAAUUUAUAAGCCAGAAUGUAAAUUCUACGAUGCGAAAUUUCACACAAAAUCCGUAAAAGCUUUUCCGGUAGCUCCGAAUGAGAUCCAACAAUGCUCACCGCAUUACAUUUAUUGUACCACAAAUUCGCAGUGUGCAGAUGGAUACCGGAGGUGCAUCGAUAUGCUGAAAUACCGCGAAUGUUGCGCGCCGAUUCAGCGAGAAUGCCCUGCGAUCAGCUAUUUGCGCGUUCGAUGCUUGAUAUCAAAUCCGGUGAACUGGUGCGACGCUGACGGCGACUGCCGUUCGGCCCCUCUUCGGAAAUGCUGCCCAACCGGCUGCAACUACAACAUUUGCUUGUAA